GUAACCCAUAAAGCAUUAGCAGCCAGGGCUCACACACACACUGCACAGAACCCUCAGCAGCACAUUCCUUCCUUUCCACUUACUCGCCCAGCAGACAUGCCUACUGAUUUCAAUGGGUACUGGAAAAUGUUAAGCAAUGAGAAUUUCGAAGAAUACAUGAAGGCUCUGGACGUUAAUGUUGCAAUAAGAAAAAUCGCCAACCUGCUGAAGCCAGACAAGGAAAUUAUUCAGAAUGGAGAUCACAUGAUCAUCAAAACACUAAGCACUUUCAGAAAUUAUAUCAUGGAGUUCGAUGUGGGAAAGGAGUUCGAGGAGGAUUUGACUGGAGUGGAUGAUCGCAAAUGCAUGACCACAGUUAACUGGACAAACGAUCAACUGGUGUGUGAGCAGAAGGGUGAGAAGGUGGGACGAGGCUGGACACAGUGGGUGCAAGGAGAUGAACUGCACUUGGAAAUGCGAGUAGGAGAUGUUGUCUGUAAACAGGUUUUUAAGAAGGUACAACAGUGAUGCUGACUGCACACAAUGAACCAACCCCCCUGGUAGAAGAUUAAAUAAACCCGAGUCCCCCACCCAACUUGUUCUGCUGCAUUGAUGUUUUAGAGUUGAGUUUCUGUGUUGUAUAAUGUGUCUUUAGGUCCAUUAAUAAAAACACUAGUCUGA